AUGGCACAAUUCUUGAAAGCCCUCUUCUCAUUCUUCUUAUUAGUUUUACUCCUCUCCGACACCGUUUUCUCGUCCCGCAAAACAUUUGAUCAGAAAAAACCAUGCAAACAAUUCUCUUUCUACUUCCAUGACAUCCUCUACGACGGCGACAAUGUAGCAAACGCAACCUCAGCCGCCAUCGUGAGCCCUCCGGGACUAGGAAACUUCAAGUUCGGUAAGUUCGUGAUCUUUGACAACCCCAUAACGAUGGACAAGAACUAUCUUUCGAAACCCGUGGCUCGCGCACAAGGCUUCUAUUUCUAUGACAUGAAGACGGACUUUAACUCGUGGUUUUGCUACACGUUGGUUUUUAACUCGACGGAACACAAAGGGACGUUGAACAUAAUGGGUGCGGAUCUGAUGAUGGAGCCGACAAGAGAUCUAUCGGUCGUCGGUGGGACCGGUGAUUUCUUCAUGGCUCGUGGGAUCGCGACUUUCGUGACGGAUAUAUUUCAAGGGGCUAAGUAUUUCCGUGUUAAGAUGGAUAUUAAGCUCUAUGAAUGUUACUAG